UGGCAAUUACCUCACACUUCCUGGACUUGGUAAAGGAUGGACCCCCCCCCCCAACACGGGGGCUGGCAGCCAGGUGGCCCAUAAAGAGUCUCCCUGGGGAGUCCUCCUCAUUCUCUUCCUCCUCCUCCUGCCUACUGGGCCCAGUCCGGUCACUGCUGAAACCAUGGCCCUGGGUGUCCUGUGUCUAGCCACCCUCACCCUGCUUGGGGUCCUGCAGAGCCAGGCCCAGGACUCCACUGAGAACUUGAUCCCUGCUCCAUCUCUGCUCAAGGUCCCGCUGCAGCCAGGCUUCCAGAAGGACCGGUUUCAGGGGAGGUGGUAUGUCGUGGGCCUGGCAGGCAAUGCGGUCCGGAAGGAAGAAGAAGGACGCUUUACGAUGUACAGCACCAUCUAUGAUCUGCAAGAGGACAACAGCUACAAUGUUACCUCCAUCCUGCUCAGGGACCAGCGCUGUGACUACUGGAUCAGAACUUUUGUUCCAAGCUCCAGGGCGGGCCGGUUCACCCUGGGAAACAUUCGCAGUUACCCUAAGGUACGGAGCUACAGUGUACAAGUGGCCGCCACCGACUAUGACCAGUUUGCCAUGGUAUUUUUCAAGAAGAUUUCUGGAAAAAAGCAAUACUUCAAAACCACCCUGUAUGGAAGAACCAAGGAAUUGCCCGCUGAACUCAAGGAGCGCUUUGUCCGCUUUGCCAAGUCUCUGGGCCUUACAGAUGACCAUAUCAUCUUCUCUGUCCCCACCGACCAAUGCAUUGACAACUGAACAGGCGUCUCUCAGGUGCCUCCUGUCUGUCCCCAGCCCGAGCUUUCCUGUUUCCAGAGGGCCACCUGCUUACCCCACGAUACCAGCGAGCCCCAGAUGACUCUUCUUAUUGGGCAGCACUGCCCGGCCACCUGUCCCAAUGACACCCCCUUGUCUGCUAAAUAAAUGCUUGUCCCCAGUUC